UCAACAUCUCAUCACAUCGAUCGAACAUAAAGUGUUUUUAGAUAAGCUGAAAGUGUUUGCUCAGAAAGAAGAAGAAGAAGAAGAAGAUGGCUUCUUACCAGAACCGACCGGGAGCUCAGGCUACUGACGAGUACGGAAACCCCAUCCAGCAGUUGGACGAGUAUGGAAACCCAAUUGGCGGUGGAGGAUACGGGACAGGUGGUGGCCUUGGAGCAACCGGAGGAGGUUAUGGGACUGGUGGAGGAUACGGCGGAGGAGCCACGGGUGGGACUUACGGGACAGGUGGCGAAGGAUACGGGGCUGGAACUGGAGCCUUGGGAGCAGGAGUAGGAAAUAGGCACCACGGCCAACAGCAACUCCAUAAGGAAAGUGGAGGUGGUGGCUUGGGAGGAAUGCUUCACCGCUCUGGAUCCGGAUCCAGCUCUAGUUCGGAGGAUGAUGGGCAAGGUGGGAGGAGGAAGAAGAAGGGAAUAACGGAUAAGAUUAAGGAAAAGUUGCCAGGCCAUCAUGAUCAGUAUUCUGGUCAAUCUCAAGGGAUGGGAAUGGGAACUACCACUGGUUAUGAUGCCGGAGGAGGCUACGGUGGUGAGCGCCACGAGAAGAAAGGCAUGAUGGAAAAGAUCAAGGAAAAGCUUCCCGGUGGUGGUGGCCACCAUUAAGCAACUAUACUAUAUAAACUUUGUAUACCACAUGAAUAAAUAAAAAUAAAAAUAAAGAAGAGUUCUUAACGCAGUGUGCUUUUUAUAUGUGUACGUCCUGAAAUGUGCUUUUUAUGUUCUUGAGAUAUGUAUCUACAGUGUUCUGUAUUUUCGAUAUCUAUAAAUCUACUUCCGUG